AUGUCUAUCAGAAUUAAAACUUUUUUUAUUGUGCUUGUACUCGUCAUUGGUGCAUCUCAAGCAGACAAUGGUUGUGUUCAACAGGAAAAUUGCACUUUGACUGUUGACGAUCCCGGAAUCAACACUAAAAGUUGUAAGGGGUUCACCAUGCACGAAUGUGAUUGUGUUCAAAGGAGAAGUAUACAUUUUGAAUUUGAUUGUUAUUGCUGUAAAACUCAGACAAGAGAAAGACGAAAUGUCCCAUUGGAAGCAAUGUUCGGACUAAAAACAUACGUACUUCCAACUGAUCCACCAACAGAAAGAAUUGGAACAACAUUAAUAAGAACAACCACAACAGGGCAUCCAACAACUCAGAAAUCAGUUAUCCAAUUCCAAAAACUGAGAAAAGCCGAGAACGAUUGUGGGAAACUGGAAUUCGCGAGCUCUAUGACAUACAAAGCUAGCGUUGAAACUUCAAUGGAUAUAAUUAGUUUGAAAACAGUUAGAGCCACACAUGCAACUACUCCAAUAAACUGCUGGAAUCUGUGUCGUUACAAUAUUUUGUCAGGGAAUGAAACUUGUACCGCUGUGGGAUUUAUAGAAGAAAACGCCCAAACUUUCAAAAAUGAUUGCUACAUUCUGUCGGAAUCGCCUAUCAACUCAACUGGAUCAGAUAUCUCUGUUGAUAUUUAUGAAGUUUGUAUUUGA